AGCUCAACGAAAAUAAGCACAACACCCAGACCUGCAUCGCCUUUGGAGUGAGCGCCGUGAGCUUCAAUGGCGACCCUUUUCAUUGUUCCACCCCUUCCUGCGUGCCCUUCGCCCAAUAUCAUCCGUCUGGUGGCGAACAAUGCGACUGCUACAUACCAAGAACCUAAAGUUAGAAACACCCACGGGUGUGCGACCUUAUGCCAUCUUAUCUCACCGAUGGCUCGCAGACCAUGAAGAAAUAUCUUUUCAAGACUUGCAACACACGCAAGUUUCUCCUAGCGAAGGCUCUAAUCAUGCCGAACCCAUUUUCCCUUCCAACGUUCAAGGCAAACAGGGCUUCGUGAAAUUCAAAAGAGCGUGCGAGCAUGCCUUCCGAGCUCGUCUCGACUAUAUCUGGAUUGACACUUGCUGCAUUGACAAAACCAGCAGUGCCGAGUUAUCGGAAGCGAUCAAUUCCAUGUAUGCAUGGUAUAGGGACUCCGCUGUGUGCUACGUUUACUUGCACGAUGUCGGUAGCUAUGAGGACCCCCAAUUCGGUUUCGAAAACGCUGAGUGGUUCCAAAGAGGAUGGACCUUACAAGAGCUAAUCGCUCCAGAUAAUGUAUAUUUCUUCAACAAGUACUGGACGAGAAUCGGGAGCAAGGCGACCUUUGCAUCUAUCCUGAAUGAAAUCACUCACAUCCGCCAAGAUAUUCUGCUGGGUAACCAUCACCAAUGCGAAUCCAGUAUCGCGGAGAAGAUGUCAUGGGCUGCAGGACGAAAGACGCAGAGAAUAGAAGACAGAGCUUAUUCUCUGAUGGGGUUAUUUGGUAUCCACAUGCCCAUCAUUUACGGAGAAGGAGACAAAGCUUUCAAGCGCCUGCAGCUCGAGAUCAUGAAAUCAUCGGAUGACCAAACCAUUUUCGCCUGGCACGAUUCACUGGCACAUCCACAUUCUGUCAGAAAUCGCGGAUUGUUGGCAUCUGCACCUGACGUUUUCAUGCGGGCUUCUCCGGUCGUCGCCAUCGAUCAUUCCGAUUUUAUCAACAUUCUUCCAGGAAGUCGCAGCCCCUUUCGCGAACUACCGCGCGGUUAUUCCAUUUUGAAUGACGGCAUUCACAUCACUCUUCCUAUGAAGCAAGUCGCAGAUGGGUGGCUUGCCGUCCUGAGAUGCAAAAAGCAAGGUCAGAAGCUUCCGUACGGGAUCUACUUGAAAGAAAGAUCUGGUUCCGAUGAUUUUCUACGGACUUCGCCCACCAAGCUUAUACAACUCGAGUCCAGGGAUCUCCAAGGCCUUGCUCCGCGUACAAUACGUAUUGCGGUCGACCAUCACAUACUACCAACUACUAAACGCCGACAAUUUUUCACUUUUCAGUCUAUAGGUCCUGUUUGGGAGUACUGCAGUUACAUAUGCCCUAAGCCGGGAGGCCAUGGUGUGGGUCAGGGGAGUGGCUAUCAAGAUCUUUAUCCCGACACUCGGAUUGAGCUUUCAAAUAAUAUGCAGUGUGGCUGCGUUUACUCACAGGGCCCGAGUGGCGAAGUAACGGUCCUUCUCAUUGGGAUCGAACAUCACCGUCCUUGGGUACAUCUCCUUGCAUAUCCUGACCUUCACCGAUACGUCGACACUUCGCGACUUCGCCGUCGAAACAUCUACGACGCCCCUCUUAUGACUUCCCCUACUUCCUUGCAAUCAGACAACCAAGCCGGUUUCAUUUCUCCUCCUGCGCUAUCUUCCCCUACUUCCUCCCAAUCUAGCAGCCAAGCCAAUCUCAUUUCUCCUCCUGCGCGACCUUCCCCUACUUCCCCCCAAUCUAAUCCUAAUUUUCCUUCUGCGUCUUCUCGUUCACUAUCUCUCUCCUGUACUUCCACCGGGACCCACAAUCCCAGAUUUCCAAAGAGGAACUCCACCGCCCCUUAUGCUGCGCAGCUGCGCGGUGGUGGCGCUGGGUGUCCUGUGUGUGCUAUCAUUCAAGCCUACUCUAUCAAUAUGGAUGACAUCAAGACUCGCAGGGUUGAUUUCGUGAAUGAGAUGAUGCCAGACAAGGUGAUUGAAAUUGAUAUUCGAAAGGGACAAGUUUGCGUCUCUGAGGCAACGCUUGAUGUUGACUAUGUUAUAACGAUAGCUGUAUCUGUCCCCGAGUCAGAAUUUUGAUUAGUGCUGAAUUUUAUCUAGAGUACAAGUAAUACGUAUACUGAUACCCCCGGGUAUCAACGCACGAAAUUCCAGUACUUACACUAACGAGAUUUGUACGGUAUUGACAUAGCCCAUGUGCCUCGAUUAUAAAGGAUUCCGUUAUUUUAAACAGCAAGAGUGGUUCCUGUGGGCCAGUACCAUUGGUCGGGCCUAAAAACAGAUCACAGCCUUGACCAAGGAACCACAGGACCCUCGAUAUCAGUGGCUCU